AUGACUUUGCUUUUCAUUCACGUGAAGUAUCUACUUGAAGUAAUCUUUUUCCUCGAAACCAUCAGCGUUCAUUUAGAGAAAUGCAAACAUGCAGCAUAUAAUGAUCAAAAUUUAAAGUCAGAGAAUUUACAUGUAGCACCCUUUACUGCCAAUAACUUGAAAUAUAAUGUAUGUGGAAAAGUUGCAGCAUGUAUUAAGGAACAAAUUUCUCAAACACACUUCAUAUCUAAAUCUUAUAUUCUACAAUUUUCUACUUUAUUCAACUGA